AUGUCGAUCGUUUGGCAGGUCGUUAGUUCGAUUCCUUAUAACAACAGACCUGUUGCUAAGGAUCUUGUUGCCAGUCUUCACAGUUAUUUCACAUCAAAUUUGUUGAUUGCCUUUGCAAUCAUUAUCAGUUUCAAGCAUUUCGGCGGACGACCGAUGGAGUGUAUGUUACCGGUCGGAUUUAAUGGAGCUUGGGAAGAUUAUGCAGAGAACUACUGCUGGGCACAGGAUACAUACUUUGUUCCCCCAGAACAGUUCGUUGAAGAUGUUUCCGUCGAGGAUAGGCGAGAAAGACGUAUCAGUUAUUAUCAGUGGAUGCCGUUCUUCAUACUUUUUCAAGCUGCAUGUUUCAAGGCACCAACUUUGAUAUGGAAGUAUUUUGCUGGUCACUCAGGCAUGAAGGUUGGUGAAAUACUAAGAAUGGCUACGGAUUCUGCAAAUUCUACGCCCGAAUAUCGGAAGGCAAACGUCGAGGCACUUUCUGUACAUCUACAGGGGGCAUUACGAUUUCAUAGGCGGUUGAAGAAGAGGAAACUUGUGCCUCACAAAAUUUUACGCUUCCUUAACGUCAAAUAUUCGUCUUAUUAUGUCGCUUCUGUUUAUAUGGUCGCUAAGUUAGCCUUUCUGGCGAACGUUUGUUUCCAAAUCUUCCUUCUCAGUAGAUAUCUCUUGCCAGAAUAUAAAGGAGAUUUUGGACUGUACGCGUGGAAGAAACUUGUUUUUGAAGAUAUUCGUAACUCGUCUUCUUGGCACACAACUGGUAUUUUUCCUCGGGCCACACUUUGCGAUUUUGAGGUUCGUGACAUGGGAAACGUUCAAAAUCAUACGGUUCAGUGUGUGUUGGUCGUGAAUGUAUUGACAGAAAAGGUUUUCAUUUUAUUUUAUUGUGUUCUUUUGUUAACUUGGUAUGCAAUUCUGACUGCAUUUACGGUGAUAAGUUUUAUACAGUGGCUUUAUUUCUUAUGUGGUAGCUGUUCAAAGGAGCAUUUUUUGUUAAAUCACCUUGAAAUGAGUGAAACCCCAUUUGACAAACGUGAUGACGAAAAUCAGGAAAACGUUGACCGAUUUAUUCACAAAUAUUUGGGUACUGAUGGCUUGUUUGUACUCAAUAUGAUUGCGGUUCACGCAGAUGUUGUUUUUACGACUGAGUUAAUAGCUGCAUUGUGGAAGUCUCACUACGCUAUUGAGGAACAACGAAAUAUCAAUAGCUUAGGCAAUUAUGAAAAAUUAAGAAGACACAGGAGCCUAGACGAUAUUGAAACGGAUUCGAAACGUUAUAUUGACAGCAGUGGAGAGGACGAAAGCGAUGAUAAAAGUGACAAAAACUUGAAGUCAUGCAGCAGAAAGAGUAGUCGUUCAUAG